AUGGCUGAAGAACCAGAAGCAGAUCUCGACUCCAUCGUUGAUAGACUAUUGGAAGUUAGAGGUUCAAGACCAGGUCAACAAGUACAAUUAGAAGAAUACGAAAUUCGUUUUCUUUGUAAAAAGGCGAGAGAGAUCUUUAUUCAACAACCUAUCUUAUUAGAACUAGAGGCACCAAUCAAAAUAUGUGGUGAUAUACAUGGUCAAUAUUAUGAUCUUUUACGAUUAUUUGAAUACGGUGGAUUUCCUCCAGAAUCAAACUAUUUAUUCCUAGGUGAUUACGUGGAUAGAGGUAAACAAUCCUUGGAAACUAUAUGUUUAUUAUUAGCUUAUAAAAUCAAAUAUCCAGAAAACUUUUUCAUAUUGAGAGGGAAUCAUGAAUGUGCUUCAAUUAAUCGUAUCUAUGGGUUUUAUGAUGAAUGUAAAAGAAGAUAUAACAUCAAACUUUGGAAAACUUUUACUGAUUGUUUUAAUUGUUUACCAAUUGCUGCUAUAAUUGAUGAAAAAAUCUUUACUAUGCAUGGUGGUUUAUCACCAGAUUUAAAUUCAAUGGAACAAAUAAGAAGAGUUAUGAGACCAACAGAUAUACCAGAUGUUGGUUUAUUAUGUGAUUUAUUAUGGUCAGAUCCUGAUAAAGAUAUCACUGGAUGGAGUGAAAAUGAUCGUGGUGUUUCAUUCACUUUUGGUCCAGAUGUUGUUUCAAGAUUUUUACAAAAACAUGAUAUGGAUUUGAUCUGUAGGGCACAUCAAGUUGUUGAAGAUGGUUAUGAAUUCUUCUCCAAAAGACAACUUGUUACUUUAUUUAGUGCUCCAAAUUAUUGUGGUGAAUUUGAUAAUGCCGGUGCAAUGAUGAGUGUUGAUGAAAGUUUAUUAUGUUCAUUCCAAAUUUUGAAGCCUGCUGAAAAGAAACCAAAGUAUAAUUAUAAUUCUGUGGGACAAAAUAGAAAUAUGACACCUCCAAAAAAGCAAAAAAAACCUGCUAAAUAA